AUGGAUGGGCCACGAGUGGGGCAGGAUGCCAUGAAGAACUGCACUGACCAGGAGUACUGGGACACCCUCGUUUCCCAGUGCAUCCCCUGCAGCCUGGCCUGCAGGCAGUCCCUGGCCAGGAAGUGUGAUGCUGUGUGUGAGUCCAUGGACUGCAACAAGAGACCUGGAUUUUACUACGACGAUCUGGUGAAGAACUGCAUCCAGUGCAGCUCGGUGUGCGGGCAGCACCCCAGGGAAUGCGCCCUGUCCUGCGAGCCCACGGCGGGGCCGGCGGCGCUGGAGCAGAAGGCGUGCGCGGAGCAGGAGCCGUGGCUGGCGCUGUACCUGCUGCUGGGGCUCUGCCUCUGCAGCCUCGUCUGCUCCCUGCUCCUGGGCUGGACCCACCUGCGCAGGAAGGGAGAGGCCAGCGCCGCCAGCUGCCACUGCAGGGAGGACCCUGCCAAAGAUGGGCUGGUGGAAGCCAGCAGCGUUGGUGAUGGAUUCACCAGCAUCAGAAUCCCAGAGCCAGUGGAAACCUGUGGCUUCUGCUUCCCUGGACAUGGCUCUGCUGUACAAGAGACCAAAUCCUGCCACAGCAGCUCCUGCCACCCUGGGGAAAGGGCUGCUCCCUCCUUCCCCAGGAUCUGCAGCACGGGAAGUGCCGGGGCCCUUCCCAGCCCUGAGGACGGCCACUUCAAAAUCAUCUGUUCUCCUGCCCAGGAGAAGGCACCCAUGGUGUGA